AUGGAGGAGCAGUACCGCCACAUCCCAGGGGAGUACGUGCGCCUCACCAGCUACCCCUGCUCCUGGACCUUCUACCACCACCUCCGCGCCGAGAUACUCCAGGAGUUCACCCUGCACGCCCACGUGCGUGAGGAGGCCCAGAACUUCCUGCGGGGUCUGCGGGUGAAUGGCAGCCGGCCGAGCACCUACGUGGGGGUCCAUGUGCGCCGGGGGGACUAUGUCCGCGUCAUGCCCACCGUGUGGAAGGGCGUGCUGGCCGACCAGGGCUACCUGCAGCAGGCCCUGGGCUGGUUCCGCGCUCGCCACCGCAGCCCGCUGUUCGUGAUCACCAGCGACGACAUGGCCUGGUGCCAGAGGAACAUCAACAGCUCCCACCAGGAUGUGGUGUUUGCAGGCAAUGGCCACCAGGGCUCACCGGCCAGGGACUUCACGCUCCUCACACAGUGUAACCACACCGUCAUCACCGUGGGCACCUUCGGCAUCUGGCCGCCUACCUCACUGGGGGGAGCACCGUCUACCUGGCCAACUUCACCCUGCCUGGCUCCCGAUUCCGCAUGAUCUUUAAGCCCCAGGCGGCCUUCCUGCCCGAGUGGGUAGGCAUCGCAGCCAACCUGAGGCAGGCCAGAGAGAGCCACCCCUAGCCAUGCUCGGGUCCCUACCGCCCCGUCGGGCCCAACAGGCGUGGAUGCCCGAGUCUAAAUCCAGGCUGUUCAGCUUCCCAGCUGGGUGGCCAUGGACAAGUGACUUAAUCUCUCUGUGCCUUAGUGUUCUA